AUUUGGCUGCGAUGAGCUAUGAUGUGCCACAGUCAACGGUGUCGCUGCACGCUGUGUGGAGUUGUGGCUCAUGUUUCUCUCAUUUAUGAAGUCAGUUACAAUAACAUUUUAAGACUCAAUCUCAACCUUCCUCACAACAGAACAGUAUUUUCAUCAACAUCCAUGCCACGCCAUCUCUAUACUGUCAGAUAGGAGCUGUACUGGGGCAUGACAAUAAGGUUGCAACAGAGCAGUUUAUCACUGCGCUUCGUCACAAAUACUACCAAGGAGUCACGGGCACGUCUCCACGGCCGGCUCAUGAAGAUUGGGUUCACUGUGCAGCCCGAGGAUAUCCUGUCCAGCCUGUGGGCGGCCAGAGAACUGGUGGAGCGGCGGGGACUGCGGCCACUGCUGCUGCUGGAUGCGCAGGCCGAGGAGGACUUCACGGGGCUCGGUGCAUAUGGGGAGGAUGAAGCAGACUCCGUUCUGGUCGGCCUGGCGCCGGACAAGUUCAAUUACAAGGAGCUCAACACAGCAUUCAGAGUGUUAAACAAAGGAGGGCCACUGAUUGCUAUCCACCAGGGACGGUACUACAAACGUAGUGACGGCUUAGCUCUGGGUCCUGGGCCUUUCGUGAAGGGCUUGGAGUACGCGACAAAUGUCAAACCUGAAGUAGUCGGAAAGCCGACCGAGCUGUUCUUCCGAACGGCACUGGGAGGAGUUCCUGCUGAUGAAGCGGUCAUGAUCGGUGACGAUGUCCGGGAUGAUAUUGAUGGUGCCCAGCAAGUUGGUAUUCGUGGCUACCUCGUGCAGACAGGAAAAUACCGCCCUGGAGACGAGAAAACUAUAAACCCACCACCACAUUCUGUAGUGCCCAGUUUUGCAGAUGCUAUUGAGAAGAUUCUGGCUGAAGCUGGUGCUUCUUAGCCACCUGAUAAACUGAAGACGCAUCUCAAAAGUGUAAUCUGUAAUUGCGUCUCAGCUGCAUCACUAUUGAAGCAGUUCAGUGGAUAUGAUGAUACCAUACAUAGUGGAAGACUGGUGUUAAGUGUGAUAUACCAGUGAUAUUUACUACAAGAAAUAAAUGGAAAUGAGUGGAA